CUCCUGCACUGGCGCACGGUGUGUAUGUGUGGCUGACUUCGUACUGAAUGGACUAGAUUCUCAGCCACGUAAGUAGUCACGCCACGGGAGAUGAUGUCUUGCUGAAUUAAGGGAUAGGCCUGGGAAGUUCGGCCAUCCCUUUUUUCCUCUAGCAUCCAAAUCGUCGCCAAAUUCAGCAAUCCCGCAAGAGGUUUUGGAAUAAAACGAAGUUUUCGCAGAGGACAUCGACUCCCGAAAAAAUUAAUAAAUACACAAAACAAAGGGCUUGCAAUCCGGAUGAUACCCUUGCCAUAUUUGGUAGAUGGCAAUGGCAACCAUAGCUGCAUGGAAAUGAUUUGUGGAAGAAGGCCGCUGAAUGAAAACGGAGCCCUCUCUCAGGAAAUCUGAUCCCGCUCACCGGUUAGCGAGUUAGCUGCAUUUCUGCUAGCGAGCACUUUUGGCAUUUAAUGUUGAUUUCCCACACUGGAAGAUCUUGCCUCUAUCCAGAACAUCCAGCAGCAUUUCUUCGAGUAUUUUGCACUCACUUGGCUAGCUACCUGCUUUACGCUCUAUUUAAAAGGGUCCUAUAGCUGGAUCACAGAAUUAAGUGGUUCGCUGAAAACAAAAUCGUCUUUAUAUCAAGCUUUAUAGCUCAGGCCUCCUAAUUCAUUGCAGAAAACAAGGUAACUUUUUGGUUGUUACGUUCGUCGUCUCCGAAAUUCAAGCCAAAAUAACGCUAACGUUGUUGCAGUACUGUUUUAGCUUUCAUGAUUGUCGGACUUCAUUUGAAUGGUACUGACAUUGUUCUGUUGGUAACAGAUUACAUGUACUUUGAAGUUGUUGCAGUCCAAUGGUAGGGUAUAAUAAACCUUUCUAAGCAGUACGUUUGAUAAAGGGAAUAUAGUUUCCUUUAUGCAUUUUGGAUUGCAAUAGUCUAGGCACAUUCUGGACGUACGUCUGUCUCAUCCCCAAGUUCAUUUUCCGCAGUUCAAUCGUCGACCCAUCUUCCUUAGGACAAAUCCCAUCUAACACUCAUGAACAUACAGAGGUCAAAUCCCAUUAACAUUUCACGUUAUGGGAGAUCAAGGCACAAAACGCACGAAUUUGAGGAGUUAUCUUGCCUAAGGACUACAGAAUCCAACCAGAGCUUUAGCCCCAAUUUAGGAAGCCCCAGCCCUCCAGAGACUCCGGACUCCUCGCACUGCAUUUCAUGCAUUGGAAAUUACCUUUUGUUGGAGCCGCUUGAGGGAGACCACGUUUUCAGGGCCGCCCACUUGCACAGUGGAGAAGAGCUGGUUUGCAAGGUAUUUGAUAUCAGUCGAUACCAGGAGUCCUUGGCAGCCUACUUUGUACUGGGCGCCCACCAAAACAUCAGCCAGAUUGUGGAAAUCCUCCUGGGGGACACACGGGCAUAUGUGUUCUUUGAGAGGAGCCAUGGAGACAUGCACUCGUUUGUCCGCACACGCAAGAAGCUGCGCGAGGAAGAGGCUGCCCGGCUCUUCUAUCAGAUAGCCUCUGCUGUGGCGCAUUGCCACGACAAUGGCCUGGUUCUCCGAGACCUCAAGCUGAGGAAAUUCGUCUUUAAGAAUGAGGAAAGGAGCCUCGUGAAGUUGGAGAGUUUGGAAGACACAUACCUCUUGGAAGGGAAUGAUGACUCUCUCUCGGACAAACACGGCUGUCCAGCCUACGUGAGCCCGGAGAUCCUCAAUGCUAGUGGCAGCUACUCGGGGAAGGCAGCUGACGUGUGGAGUCUGGGUGUCAUGCUGUACACCAUCCUCGUCGGCCGCUACCCGUUCCAUGACGUGGAGCCCGGGUCGCUCUUCAGCAAGAUCCGCCGCGGCCAGUUCAGCAUCCCUGAGACGCUGACACCCAAGGCACGCUGCCUGAUCCGCAGCGUGCUCCGGCGGGAGCCAGCAGAGCGCCUCACAUCCCGUGAGAUCCUGGAGCACCCCUGGUUCCUGGCUGCCACCAGCCAGGCUGGUGGGGCCCACAUCCGGGGGGAGCGUGACGCAGACCAGACAGUACCAGAGGCCAUUGUGGAGGAAGAGCUGGAGCAAUUCUUCAGCUGAGCAGCACAAAAACUAAAAACAAAACAAACAUUUUGCCACUUGUUUUAGAUGACAAAAGAAGUUAACAAGAUAAGACACCUUCCCAAUGAGUGUAUCUCCCAUUCUGUGGAGAAACCUGGCAAGAUCUGGCUUAAUGGUGUGGAACACCUUGAGCAAGAACUUCUAGGCAAUGCAAAUGUAAAUGUUCAGUAAUGUAGCAAGACUUAACUUUUAGUUUGAUGGGGGUUUUUUUGUUUUUGUUUUUGGUUUUUUUUUUAAGUGGUGCUCUUGGGGUGUACAAGUUGCAUUAAGCUACAAUAAACACAAUGGCACAGGAGACCUCAGCCAAGGAGAACAAACCCCACCAUGGGGCAGACUUCAACUACUCCUGUUCUGAGUUCUGAUUCAUCAAUGUGGACAGCAUAGUCAACACAUACUGAACUCCUAAAGCAUUUUUGUCACCUGUAUCUAUUUAUUAUGUGUUAUUUUUUUAAGUAUAUUACUUACACGAAUCUGCUCUUUCAUAGCCUUAUAGGCCAAUACUAUACAGUGUAUGUGCUGGCUAUCAGUAGAAUUACAAAAAUAAGUUUAUUUUUCAUCUUCAGGCAUAACCACCCCCCAUUGUGUAAUUAUGUUAAAUUGCAUAAUUUCUGUUAUUUGUGUAAAGCUGCAUUAAGGCAGCUCUUUUCGUUGCAUUAAGCUAUUCAUUUCACACUGUUCCUGCUUCUGUUCCUCUAUAACCUAAAAACCUUUCCCGAGCCUCCCAACAUGACGAGCACUUGACUUGCGAUGGCUAGGUGAACGGUCCAUUCCACCUCUCUAGCACCUGGCUCAUUUUCAUUUCCUUCUUCUGCAUAUAUUGAAAUUUCUUUUUUUUUUUUUUUUUUUUUUUUUUUUUUUUUUUUUAAUAUAUAUAAUUUAAAACAACUACUAUAUUUAAGAGAAUGCGUGCAGGUUUUCCCCCCCCACCUCCCAUUUUAGACUCGGGUUUCCAUAAAUAUUGUAGCCAAUACUUUUGACACAGGACAGUGUGGAUCUUGGCAUUAAACUGUCCCAAGGUUUAGACUAACCCAUCUAACUUUUGUGCCAGUAUUUGUGCCCCAUGCCGUCUGUGCUGAUAGUAUUCCCUUUUUUACAUUUUGACUCCACCACAGUUAAAGAAUAUUUCUAUGACCACACACUCUCCAGUACCUCAUGUUUAAUUUUUUUUACUGCCUGCGUAGGUUCUGUGAAAUGAUCAUGUUCUGAAUGGGUACAUGUGGACAUGUUUUUGUCGUAUAUCAAUGUUACUUGAACUUGUGAUAUCUAGUCGCAUGUGCCCUUUUUGAAUGCUAUAGCCUGCCGAGCAGGGGGGUGGGGAAGCUGUUUUAACGUUCUUUUCCUGAAGUAAAUUCUUGCUUACUUAAGCAUAGUUUUGUUUUUGUUUUUGGUAGAAUGAUCUACCCACUUACGUAGGUGCUGAUUAGGUGCUAAUGUUGAAGGAGGCAAGUCUUGUGUGUGUUUGUUUUUUUCUCUUUCUUUUCCCUUUUGUUUCCUUUUGAAGGGGGGGCAUGCAUGAUGGGAUAUCUGCCUCAGAUGCUCUGAUUGUAAUGUAACUGAUUUUGGUGUUUUGUCCAAAUUUAUUCAGUAAAUAAAUUGUGAACUGCA